GGCCGCGCGCUCUGCUGGGGACACAACUUGUACAAAUCUGAAGCCCGAGGUCGUCGACAGCCCCCGGUACCGUGAAUUUCAGGAAUAUCCUCUCCCAUCCCCCUUACCCCCUCUGUCAGAGCAUGGCUCAGGAGACCAAUCAGACGCAGGUGCCAAUGCUUUGCACUAUGGGAUGCGGUUUCUAUGGUAACCCCCGCACCAACGGCAUGUGCUCGGUCUGCUACAAGGAACACCUGCAGAGACAACAGGGAGGGGGGCGAUCCAGCCCCCCGGGAGAGAAAGCUGCUACAUCACCGGCAGGAUCACCAGGGUCAGCUGGUGUGACUGUGGAGAGCACAACCUCAGAGCCCAGUACAGAGGUGGCAGGAACCCCACCUGAGGAACAAACAGCCAGUCCCAGCUCUCCCAGCCCAGUAACUCAACAGAUGACAGCUAUGAGCAUCUCCCAGGAUUCGGGAGCUGUAGAUUCUGAUCGAGCGGAGGCCGAGGAGGGAGAAGAGGAGGGUACUUCCAACAGCUCAGAACCAGUGGGGGAAGCAGCACAGGCUUCGUCUGAUGGUGACCAAACUCCUGAUAAAAACAAGAAAAAGAACCGCUGCUUUUCUUGCCGGAAGAAAGUGGGCCUUACUGGUUUUGACUGUCGCUGCGGCAACCUGUUCUGUGCCAUUCACCGUUACUCUGACAAACACGACUGUCCCUACGACUACCGGAGUGCAGCUGCUGCCCGCAUACGCAAGGAGAACCCCAUCGUGGUGGCCGAGAAAAUCCAGAAGUUAUGAGGACUGAGUGCGAAAAGAGAAAAAAAAAGAAAAAAAAAGUCUCUUCUGACUUUGUGAAUUUGAACAAUGGCGACUUGGAUGAAAACACCUGAUAUCAUGGCUUCAUUUGUUCAUGGUAGUCUGAGGCGGGCGGGGUGGGGUGGUAUGGUCGCAGCCACAGUCCAGACACUUCCCUUACUAGCAUCUCCCUCUCUCUCCGCUAGUGACUGCAGCCGAACCCGAGUGUUUCUGUAAGUGAGUGUGUGUUUGUAUGAAAGAGUGUGUGUGUGUGUGUGUGCAUUUGCUCGAGAGUCGGGGAGAGAGCCGUAGGGGCUUGGCGGACAUUUGCGUUGCCGUGGGGAGGGAAGGCAUUUGAUUUUUUUUUUUUUUUUUACCCCUUUUUGUUUCUCAACUUGAGGGGAUCGUGUGAGUUUAUUUUUAUACAGUCCCUGUAGGUUGUUGAAAUUAAAACAGGGAUAAGCUGUUAAGGAAUGUGUCGCAGCCUGCAUAAUGACACAGAGGAAUAUUUAGAGGGUCUAGUGAGUUACGAGAAAAAAAAAAAUCUAACUGGGUGAUUUCAUGUAUCAGCAAGACCUUUUUAAGGGCUUUGGAAUAUAAAAUUUUCUCCCAGACUGAAAAAUGAUGUCAACUUCCUGUCAAAUUGGCAUUUUAUUUUCUUCCCAACUCCCUUGCUCUAUGGGUCACCUCACAUUGAACUCCAAAGUCUCUGCAUUUUCCAGAUAUGUCUCUCUUUGAUAUAUUGACUUAUACGGAUAGUGGGUGCAUGAACAGUUAUUGGAAGGGGUAGGCAGGGGAGGGACGGGGGGAAGGGGGGAACCGAAAACCUUGACUUAACUGAGUGAUUGAAUUCUGUGUUUUGUUUUGUUUAUUUUUUUUUUUCUUUCUGUUUUAAUGAGCGUAUGACAUCAGAAGAUCUAUAUUAAUAUAUUGUAGUUAGCUUGAAUUGUGUGAUUGCAUUCUAUUUAUUUUUUAUCGUUUGGUUGGUCUGUGCUGGAGGAUUGGCAGCAUGUGUCAGCAAAUCGUGAAGAUUUGCACUUAACCUUUUCAAUUAUGUUUAAGUAAUUCCAUCUUGAUUAUAUAACCAUUGAAGAAAAAAAAAAUACACAAAGCUCUGACAUGAUGGAGUAGAGUCCAGUUAAACCGUUACAAUUAAGAUUGUGCCGUAAGAUGUCCAUUGUUUUGGAUUUGGAAACGAAGCACAACAACGUGUGUCAACUGCAGAGCACAAACUUAACGUGCCACACCUACUCAGUUUUGUUCAGCAUCCGGGUCAUUUGCAGUUUCUAUUUGAGCCGUGUUGCGGGCUCGCCGAGGAUGUUGCCUUGUUCGAUUGAUGAGAUGAUUGAUAACGUUUUAUUGAGGCGACGUGCUCUUCUUGAAUGCCCUUUUUAUGUUGUUUGGAGUCAAGAGUGGAGCUCCAUGUUUCUCUAACCACCAGCAGACCACUGACACAUGCUGAAUGAAAACUGACCUGGGUCGCAGUUACUCUACACAUAGUGACACACCGUUCUGCUCAGCUAAAGUGAAGAUUGUCGCAAUUGCUGCGGAGUUGCGUGCUGUGCUUUUACAAUGUGCUCCGAUUCAGGCGAGUCCUAAACGCGAAGACCGCUUCUAGCUAGCUUCUUCUAGGAAGAUCAAACUUACAUGCAUGUGUGCAGUCGAGCAUAUGAGUUACUUGUUUUGUAAGCGACUGCGCAGUUUGAAACGAAGCUGGAAUGUUUAAAAAGCCACACAGCAGUAGCACAAUGCAUGGCUGGAACCUUGAGGUUCAAGUUAACAGGACUCUACAGUUUUUUUUUUUUUUUUUCCAAAUGUAAAUACCAUAUGGCUCCUAUUCAUAUAGUAUAAUCUUAAUGUAGAUUUUUGCCAGGUAAUAAAGGUGGGGGAUUAAGGUGAAGAAUAGUACUAUGUGUAUUAAAGUGCUUUUCAUAAUUAUCCAAAAAAAAAAAAUGAAAGUGCCACAACUGGCGCUGAUAUUUUCCCCAUCUUGUUUUCCCCCCUUUUUAUUUACAAGUUAUUACAUAUAAAGUAUUUUUCAAUAACUGGCUCUACCACGAGUAUCUCCCACAGGCCAUGUGGCUCCUAUUUUACAAUACUAGUCGGAUUGUUAACAAGCCCCUUUAAGCUUUAUUAACGUUGCUGAAUCACACAGUAUCCCCAGUUUCAUGCUUUUAUCCUGUUACUGAAGUCGUUUUCAUAGCAUUGCGAUAUUACUGAGAGUUAAAAAAAAAAAAAAGGCCUCUUGUGAGACAUCGAGGGGCAAUUGAGGUUUCAUCUUUUCAUUAUUAAAAGAUUUCCCUGUAAAUGUUGCUUGAUCUCCAUCGUUAAAUAUUUAUGAAAGAGCUGCGGAAGAGUUGCAAGGAAUUCGCAGGGGUGAGCAUUUUUCAAAAUAAGACCCAACGCAGAAACGUGUUGGAAUGAAGCUUUUUUUUUUUUUUUUUUCCUCGUGUACACAGAAUAUCACGUUGGACCUGAGUGAGUUUGGCUCCUUUUGAUUGGAAAAUUGGCCUUCAUCAGAAUUCCCGUUUGAGUCUUUGUGUUGGGCCGGCGUGCCAACAUUCAGACUGUUUAACUGGGAUGGGUUGGGUCAUCUAUAGCGACUGUGAUGUAAUUUCUUCCUCCACCUCACCUCUAGUGGGAAAAAUUGAAAUUCAGAAGGAGUUUUAUCUCGAGUGGUGAAGAAUAUUUUGUCAUAUUCAGGGGGACUUGUGGUUGGUGCUGCUCUGCGGUUUGGUGUAUGUUCUAUAUACAGAAUUCUCAGACUUUGCCGGCUCGACGACCAUUACGAGAUAUUGUUGCAUACAGAACAGUUGUCCUUGACAGAUCCUUUCAUAGAAGUCUUUUACUUCGGAUGAUUGUUCAGCUGCGUGAAUCGAGGGGAUUUCAUGGUUUAUACUUGUUUUCUAUUGACUGCUCAUAUCAGUGUUCCAACCCUUUCAACCUUUGUUUCUUUCUUAAUAACCAUGAGCAGUUUGAAUGUAAACCACCAUAAUUCACACAACAAUGUCGUUUUUAUCACACUACUGGCCCUGAUACAGACCGUCUUUGGCCAGAAGAUGGAAGACCAGUUGUCUUAUGCGUGAUUUGGGACAGUUUGAUCGGUAUAAUAGGUUUGACUGUUUGAGACUUGCCACCAGCAAUUAGGGCUACCGUACCUAAAUGAUUUAGAUAUUAUCAGUACAUCCACAUUUUUCUGACUUCUGUGGCAUUGAUAAUGUUUUGAUGUCUUCAAUCUUGUCUCUAGCACAGCCUCUUCAUAAUCAGCGUCUUCAUCGUGCAAAAGGUUUUCGAUCGACGAUGAUGAUGAUAAACCUGCGAGUUGUGAUGAAUCUUGUUCAAAGUUUUAGCUUCGCUGCAGAAGUAAAGACAAACGAAGACGACUUUCUGUCUUUUCAAGAUGAGCUUUAGGGACAUCAAAUGAAACCUACAAUGUUCACAGAGAUGUAGUUCCUUGUCCCUUGGCACUCCAGUCCCCCAGAAACACCACCAGAUAUCUUUUUAUUUUGUUUUCGUUUUUUUUUUUUCUUUUCUUUUUUUUUUUUUNUUUUUUUUUUUUUCUUUAAAGAGUUAGGAUUGUAUGAUGUGUAAGAGUAAGUAUAAAACAAUAAAAUCACAAAGUUUAUUUUAAAU